UCACUAUCUUAAUAAGAACAAAAAUAACUAUAAACUACCAUUUUGAAUUUAGUACCUCCAUGAUUAAUUUUCAAAGUAAUUUGUCUUGAUUUCUUUUUUAUAAGUGACACUAAUAUUUAAUUUGGCUUAUCAGUGUCUCAUCUAGAAUCCUCAUUCUUUCCCUCAUUUUGAAACCAAUUAUAAACUUAGAUUUAAUGUGUUAUACAUUCUAAAAGGAUUAAAUUGUUAACAUAUGAUCAUUUAGUUGAACUAUGUAUGUUUUAUAACUGUAGGUAUCAAAAGAGUACAUUGAAUCAAGCUUUAUAAAGAAGAGUGACAUCCAAUGACCAGUCUAAAACUGUAGCUGACAAACUUUUCUUGUGCCUAGAUAAUUGAGGGUUGGCAAAAAUGUCACUGCAUGUACAGUUUCCUAUGAGAAUCAAGCACAAUAACUAAUUCAAGAUGCUGUCUUAAGUCAUCACUAGUAAUUGCCCUUCCUUCUUAGAAUCAUGUCAAAAAGUUAGAAGGAGAGACUUAUCGGUACCACUGUGUUAUUUCUGGGAGCAAGAAGACAAUCCUUAUGGUUACAAAUAGACGAGUGUUGUGUAUAAAAGAAGUUGAAAUCCUAGGGCAUAUGUCCACAGACUGGCAGUGUCCAUUUGAAGAUUUUAUAUGUCCUCCUACUGUCAGUGAAAACCUACUAAAAAUUUCGAUUAAGGAGCAGGGUAUGUUCCUCAAAAAAGACAGUGCCAAUCAAGGCUAUAUCCGGAAAAUUUACCUGCAUGAUGCCACCACAGCAGAGAAAGCUUAUCAUGCCAUUGAGGAUGCGCAGUCAUUGAGACACCAGCAAAGACUGAUGAAGCAUUCAUCCCUGAAACUUCUCAAGCCCCAAAUACCCUUUUAAAAAUCACAGGUCCAGGGGGCUGCUACUGGGAGAAAAAGCAAUCACCAGUCUUGUUUAUAUAUCACUUGUCUUUAUCUUAGUAAAGAGACUUUUGCAAGCAUUCCUUUAGUUUUAGGAACUUUUUUUUUUUUUUGGUAGAAUACUUAGUACUGGUUUCCAUUUUUUCUCUUUGACUAUAAUUUUGUAACUGUAUGUUAGCAAUCCACUUCUACACUGCCACCUUGAAUGAGUCAGAGGCUCAAACACCACUUUAAACUUGGAGUGAAAUUUCCAUUAAUUUAAAAAUUGUGAAACCAAGGACAAUUGGUUUGUUUUUAAUUAAAGUCUUUAUUGCAGAAUAAACAAGGAACUUAGAAUGAGAGGUUAUAGGCAUGGACGAGUGCUGAAUAUUUUGUUUAGGGGUAAUUUGUUCAGUAAUUGAACCAAGAAAACAUUUUUGGUAAACCAGAUAAUAGACUGAGAAAAAAGCCACUAGAGAGAGAGAUGUUUCUUCUUUUCUCUCCAUUUUUUCUCCUAAAAACAUUUGUUUUCUCCUAAUAAAAUAAGCACAUUGGUACUUAUUUUUCCUUCUUGCUCUAUAAUAUAAAGACACCUCUAUUUUCUGUAAUAUAAUGUUCACAAAGCUUUGGAAAUUAUUUACUUGCUCUUUCAAAGUGAACUUAUAUGGCACAAUUAUAAUCUGCUGAUACAUGAAAAUAUUGCACUUUAGUUUUUUCAAGACUCAGAAAUAUGAAAAAUUCAAUAUUUUUAUAUUUCCAGAAAUCAUUUUUUUAUGAGUUGAAAGAUUUUAAGGGCAUAUUAAGACAUAAUGGGUACCUGGAAAUGUAUUUUAAAUAUGUAUUAGGAAGAAGAGCAGUGUCUAGUUGUUUUAUAUAUAGGUAAAAUAAGAAUACUGUGGAAAAUAAUUAGUAGAUAUGGUCUUUGAGGAAACAGAUCUAUGAGAAUCAUUUUUAUGCAGUGUUAUUUUUGUCCUUUAUGCAUCUUGCCUAUGUUGAUCAUAUAUAUAUUACCUAUUAAAGCUUGUUUAAAAUGCUAAAAGUACAGUUUUCUUGGAUAAAUUUUUAAGUUUGCUCAUGGCAUUUAUUUCAAAUCACUGAAUUGUACAAUGAAGAUGUGGAGAUAUUUGGUUUGUAUGUUUUUGUGUUAUUGUGUUAUAAUGUUUAUACUACAUUUAUUCAUGUUUUAUAAUAUGGACCUUAAAAGUUUAAAAAAUUUUCCUAAUUAUUCUUUAAUAUAGAUUCUUAAAUAUUUCAUUUCUGAUGUAGGAUGGUGGGUCACUGCUUUUUCACCAUUUUUUUUUCUGUGAAGAAAAGUAUCAAAUAUAAAACUUUUAGCAUUAAACAGAACUUCUUUAUCAGUGGUUAGUUUAUUGAAAGAAACCUUUUUAAAGAAUUUCAUGCCAACUGUAUUUUAUGUCUUUAAAAUUAGCUUAAUCAGGAAUUUGAGAUAACUUAUUAGAUUUUCAUAUGGCUCACAUCUAUUGACAGUGUUCUAAGUAUUUAAGAUAUUCUACUAUGCCAAUGGUGUGUACAAGGCAUUGAACUAAGAAAAAGUAAUUUAUAGAAACUUAUAAAUUCAUCAAAUCAGUUAGCUUAAAAUAGACUUUCAGACUUUGUAAAAUUGUGAUUUGAUUUAAUCCCCUGGGACAGAAAUAAUUCACUGGUAAAGUGUAACAUCUUUUGUGUUUUAAUAAAUGCUUUGAGGGUCUAUCACUUCAUGUGAACUACUGAGAGAAAUAAAAUAUUUGGUGUAUUGUU